AACCAGUGGGAGGCGUUCCUGUCGCAAGUGGUUACGGUCCCCGGGGUGGGGCCGGCCUACGUUAUUAUCGGAGCCGACAAGCGAGGCACGAUCUUCGCUUUAUACGACCAUUCGGAGCAAAUCGGUGUUUCGCCGUGGUACUGGUGGGCUGACGUGCCCACGACGCGGCACGCCUCGCUGUUCGUCGAGCCCAGUGGCUGUUUCCAUGGAUCGCCGACCGUCAAG